AUGCAGCAAAGCCCCAAAGUCCACGGUCAGCACGCUGACGAGACCCGGUCCGCCCGGGUCCCAGUGACAACCCAGAAGAAGUCCCACGACCCAUUGGUACACCUGCUCGCCGGCGCGAGCGGCGGCUUCGCAACAGCAAUUGUCACAUCACCCCUCGAUGUUCUUCGAACACGUCUUCAAUCCGAUUUCUACCAACAUCCUCCCUCUUCCUCCGACGCACCUCUCCGCACAAGCCAUAAAACCGCCCGAAUAGUCAGCAACAUCUACCGCGCAGAAGGAUGGCGAGCAUUCUUCCGCGGCCUAGGACCCAGCCUUGCAGGCGUGGUCCCGGCGACCGCUAUUAAAUUUUACGUCUACGGAAACUGCAAACGAAUCGGUGCCCAAGUGACAGGCCUCGGCGAAGACUCGACCAUCAUCCACGCGCAAGCCGCCAUCUCCGCGGGAAUAGCCACGGCGACUGCGACGAAUCCCAUCUGGCUCGUCAAGACCCGCUUGCAAUUGGAUAAGUCGCAGGCAGCCACCGGAGGCCGCCGGUACAAGAACAGUCUCGACUGUGUGCAGCAAGUUCUCCGCCAGGAAGGUGUCCGGGGUCUGUACAAGGGCCUCAGUGCAAGCUACCUAGGCUCCGUCGAAACAGCGCUCCAUCUAGUCCUGUACGAGCGCUUGAAGAAGAUGCUGAACAAAUCACUCGGAUCACCGGAUGGGAAAGAAACGGCUACGCAGCGGGAAAUCACAAGCUGGGUGAGCACGACAGGGGCGGCGGGUUCUGCCAAGUUUGCUGCUGCUCUACUGGCUUAUCCCCACGAGGUCAUCCGAACAAGACUCCGUCAAGCACCCCUCGAAAACGGCAUCCCCAAAUAUACCGGCCUGGUACAGUGCUUCCGACUCAUCGCCAAAGAAGAGGGAAUGGCAGGCCUGUACGGAGGCCUGAUGCCUCACAUGGUGCGAUCCAUUCCCUCGGCCAUCAUCACGCUGGGCGUAUACGAGUUCGUUCUGCGGUUUGUCGGCACAUCGCCGUAA